UUGGCAGCUUGUUGCUGCGUUCAGAGUUUGUUCGGGGACUCCGAGCUCCGAUGCGGUUGACGGCCCGUGUCGAUGAUGAGCUGCAGCAGCAAGUAAACCGCAGCCGAGAGCAGCCCGCUUGGUCAACACAGCACAGUUGGACGUUUGAAGGCCACGAGCUAUGGAGGCCUCACAGGACCACAACGAGCAAAUGGUGGAGAAAUCAAAGCGCGACUCUCAUGUGCCAGAGCCUUCCGACAGCAGGUCUAUGGAAAUGCAGGAGCUAGCCGGUCCUCAUCAUGGCGACUCGAGCGGCUCCAAGCUGGACAAGAGCAACCUGGGCAGCCCCUCGGCGCUCGCCGCCAACGGAACGGGAGGUGAAAACAUGAGCGUUCUAAACACGGCCGAUUGGCUGCUGGGCUGCGGCAGCCCGCCCCCGGCGCCGACCUCCAAGGACUACGUGAAAACAGAGCCCAUGAACAACAGUGAUGCGGUGACCAGCACGGGCGACGCGGCGCUGGACUCGUACGCCGCCUCAGUCAUUACCAGCAGUGGAUACAGUCCUCGCUCGGCGCACCAGUACUCUCCUUCCCUCUACCCUUCCAAGCCGUACCCGCACAUCCUGUCCACGCCGCCCGCCUCGUCCGUGCCGGCGUACGCGGGCCAGCCGCAGUUGGGCGGCAUGCAGCAGACCGCCGUCUACGCGUACUCGCAAACGGGCCAGGCCUACGGACUGUCCGGCUACGAGCUGGGCGUGAUGCUGCCAGGCAUCAAGACGGAGGGCGGCCUGGCCCAGAGUCAGUCUCCGCUCCAGACCAGCCUCAGCUACAGCCCCGGCUUCACCACGCCUCAGCCCGGACAGACGGCCUACUCGCCCUACCAGAUGCCAGGUUCGAGUUUCACGCAGUCCUCAGGCCUCUACACCAGCGGCAACUCUGUGUCCAGUCCCGCCAACUACACCGCCACUCAGCAGGAAUAUUGCCCAUACGCGGGCUUUGGCCAAAACCAGUACGGCCAGUACUAUUCGGCCUCCACCUACGGGCCGUACGUGACCCCCGGCGGCGUGGACAGCGGCGGCGGCACCGCCGUGGGCGCCUACCAGCUGCAGGAGCCCGCGCCAGCCAUGACGGGCCAAGCGGCAGAACUUCACCCCGGGUGGGCGGCGCCGCUUUUCUCUUCCUUUGGCCUCGGGGAUGGCGGGGCGCGAUAUCUGACUUGUUGGUACGCGACCUCAGUGGACUUUGACACGGUGCAGAGGCCCGCCACGCCCAUCAAGGAGCUGGACGAGCGAGCGUGCCGGAGCGGCGGCUCCAAGUCGCGGGGCAGGAGCCGCAAGAACAACCCCUCGCCUCUGCCCGAUAGCGACCUGGAGAGGGUUUUUGUGUGGGAUCUGGACGAGACCAUCAUCGUCUUCCAUUCUCUGCUCACGGGCUCCUACGCACAGAAAUACGGCAAGGACCCCCCCAUGGCGGUCACGCUGGGCCUGAGAAUGGAGGAGAUGAUCUUCAACUUGGCCGACUCGCACUUGUUCUUUAACGACUUGGAGGAAUGCGAUCAGGUACAUAUUGACGAUGUCUCAUCUGAUGACAACGGGCAGGACUUGAGCACUUACAGUUUUGCAACGGAUGGCUUCCACGCAGCCGCCACCAGCGCCAACCUGUGCCUGGCGACGGGCGUCCGCGGCGGCGUCGACUGGAUGAGGAAGCUGGCCUUCCGCUACCGACGCGUCAAAGAGUUGUACAGCACGUACAAAAACAACGUGGGGGGUUUGCUGGGUCCCGCAAAGAGGGACGCUUGGCUGCAGCUGCGCGCCGAGGUGGAGGCCCUGACCGACUCGUGGCUCACUCAUGCCCUCAAGUCGCUUUCCAUCGUCAGCUCCAGGAGUAACUGCGUCAACGUGCUGGUGACCACGACGCAACUCAUACCGGCGCUGGCUAAAAUUCUGCUGUACAGUCUCGGCUCCGUGUUCCCCAUCGAGAACAUCUACAGCGCGACAAAAAUAGGAAAAGAGAGUUGCUUUGAGCGCAUAACGCAAAGGUUUGGCAGGAAAGUAGUGUAUGUUGUAGUGGGGGACGGUGCGGAAGAGGAGCAGGCGGCCAAAAAGCACAACAUGCCCUUCUGGAGGAUAUCGAGCCACUCUGACCUGCUGGCGUUACAUCAAGCACUGGAGUUCGAGUACCUCUAAAUGUUCACGAAGGACUCAUCACAACGGACAUACUCUGACCUUUUUUUAGGGGGGGGGGGGGGGGGAACUAUUUAAGAAGGAACUUGACACUGCAAUUUUUGUUUUCAAACGCCUGGAUUUACAAACUGAAUGGUCUUAAAAGCAGCGAUGGAAGAGUGCAAGGUGGUCCGCGGAUCCCCAUUAAAAAAAAAAGAUUGUUGUGACUCAAGGCUCGUCUGUGCGGUCAGCACGUAGCCACGCCAGCUGAUUUUUUUUUAAAAAGCAUUUUCUUUGUUGUCUGUCCGAUGCAGACGCCUGUGUAAAUUAUUUGCGAUAAUUAAGGGCCGAUGUGUGGGCGGUAUGUUGAACUUUGGGUUUUUUUUCAGGGGGGGGGGGGGGGGUUGGUGCAGUGAAUGGGAG